AUGGUUCAGAGAAAGGUUAUCCGCAGGAAGCCUGGAAUCCUUCCAAUCCAACCUGAAUACCUGAUAAGUUAUUUGCACGAGAUUUCAGAAAUCCAGAGGCAACCCAUGUCUCCUCUCCUCGGAAAGUCGCCGUCUUCUGCUCCGGCGACCCCACAGAAGUCGUUGCCGAACUACAUGAAGUCGACGACGAGCUCAGAGGCCAGGAAGGAGAAGGAGCGAUCGCCGGUGAGUAAGUCUCUGAAUCUGGACAAUAAGAUGUGUACCGAUUGCAAGCCUUACCCGGCGAGGAAAUCGACGAGGACUUGGAGCUCGAAGAAGAAGACGAGCGUGAGAGCUCUUACCAAAGCUCCGAGCUUUAAAACUGUGAGGAAAUCGACUUGUUCUUCGACGAUGAAGGACUCUAAGUUCCCCCCUUACCUUGUGCUUGACGAUGGAGGUAGUGAAGCUGAAGGGACUUCGGCUCUCAAGGUUUGUCCCUACACUUACUGUUCCCUUAACGGCCAUCAUCGCCCUCCGCUCAACUGCUUCUUGAAGGCCAAACGGCGCUCGUUGAAGGCGCAGACAAGUGUCAAGUUGGGAUCUCUGUUUCCGAUGAAACCCGUGGGAUCUUCAGAUAGUUCUCAGGACGAAGCGGACUUGUUCAUUGAAAUCUAUUCAGAAAAGGAGGAUAUAAAGGUUGAUUUAUCGCAGGAAGACACAAGGCUGGUUGAUGAGCACAACCUGAUCGAUGAAAUUCCUGACCCAGAGGAACAAUUUGGCGGCGCCAGUUAUGGAGAAGAAGAACAGAUGGAGAGAAAUGCAAGUAUGGAGGAAGAUGAUAAGAGUUCUGAAGCGACGGAAAUGGAGUGGGAGCAAGGCCCUGAUUCUGCUUCUCGAGUCGAUGAUGAAGGCAAUUUAUGUUCCAAAGGUGGUGCUCUGUUUUCUGUGAUGAAGAAGCCUGAGAUAGUUGAAUUAGAUGACAUCUCUAGCUGCUGCACUGAAGAGGUUCUUGCCGAGGAGUUGCUUCGGGAGCUGUUCGAGGAAGAAACUAGUGAAGAUGGGGGUUCUGAGGCGCCUCUAGAAGAAAAAGGCGACAGAGAUUUCAUGGUAGGGCCAAUUCAGAUGGAUUUCAUUGGCGGGUCGGAGAAUGAUGCAGUGGAAGCCAAUCUGAAACCUCAACAGGCUGAAAAUGAUUGCCUUACUGAGACAGUGGCGCAAUGUUUGGAUGAUGAACUGCAGCAGCUCCCUAAUGGGGAACCAGAGAAGUCCGUAAACAAUGGACUUGGAGUUCCCGAUUCAUCAACAGGUUGUUCUGAAGGUGAUCAAGAUUGCCCCAAGACUAGAAUCCUAAAAAACAUCGACGCACAUGAGGGUUUGGACACGAGCGAGUUGAGAUCAAUCGGGCAUGAAGUGGAAGAAUGCUGCAACACCCAACGCGAAGAUUGCAACAAACCAACUAAAGCUGAGGCACUUGCUGCAGCAACAAAUGAAGGAACAUGUGGAGAUAAUGGUGGGAUGUCUGGAUGGGCAAGGAACAACUCCAAACAAGAGCUUGAAGAUCCCUGCAGCUACUUGAAAUGGAAGAUUGGAUGCAGGAGAGCCAUGGACCAGACAGAGGAAACCGAGAGGGAGUUCAAUCCAAGAGAACCUACCUUCCUUCCACUAGUUCCCGACCCGAAUGCAGAGAGAGUUGAUUUGAAUCAUCAGACGGUGGAUGAAAGGAAGAAUUCCAAGGAAUGGAUGAUCGAUCAUGCACUCCAGGAAGCUGUCACCAAGCUUGCUUCAGCUACAAGGAAGAGGAAAGUUGCGCUACUUGUUGAAGCUUUUGAAACGGUAUCGCCUGUACCCAAGUAUGAGCCUCGUAUGAGGCAUUCCUCCCCAGUUUUCUCUCCAACUACGCCCAGGCCCAUUCAAGCCUGCAGUUGA